GGCGGGUCCCGCUGCCGCCGCCCGCCGCAGUCGGUGCCGCGCGGGGCUGCGCUCGGCCGCCCGUGCCCGUCCCGGUCCCGAUCGCGCUCCUUCCCGUGCCCUGCCGAGCGUCCGCGGGCCGGCGCGCAGCGCAGCGCAGCUCCGGACGAAUGAAGAAAAUACGUCCUGUGAAGAGUAAAAGUAUUUGAUUCUGGGAAGACUCUUACAGCACUUCUAACUUCAAAGCUGGAGAAAAGUAUGAAGGAACAGUCCAUCUGACUCCCUCAGCAUCUUGCACAGAACACAAAAUGGCUCUUCAGAAAAAAACUGUUGUUGGUGUCUUGGAGGAGUGGUGUUUGGCGGAACCGCUGUUCGGUUGCAGGUGGCACCAGAAUGUCAGGAAAAAACUGAGACUGAUACGAAUUGUAGGGCUCCUUGUCAGUGUAGCAGCCAUUAGUACUUUCUCGCUUUCAAUGAGUGCCUUUUUCAAGAUGGAACCACAUAGCAUGGCGCUGGUCAGCAGCCUAGAUAGCCAAAAGCUGGUGCAUGGGCACAAAAGAACUCUCUUGGAUUUCACAGAACAGAAUGAAAAUGGCACUCCAGAUCCACAUGGGCACAACAACGAAACAGAUGAUCAUGCGAAGGGAGAGUACCCCGAGGACCUUUUCUCUCUUGAGGAGAGAAGACAGGGAGCAGUGAUCCUCCACAUAAUUGGAAUGAUUUACAUGUUUAUAGCCUUAGCCAUAGUCUGUGAUGAGUUCUUUGUUCCUUCCUUGACUGUCAUCACUGAAAAACUGGCCAUUUCUGAUGAUGUGGCAGGGGCAACCUUCAUGGCUGCUGGUGGGUCAGCCCCAGAACUCUUCACUUCUUUGAUAGGAGUGUUUAUAUCCCACAGCAACGUUGGCAUUGGUACAAUAGUGGGAUCUGCCGUGUUCAAUAUCCUAUUUGUUAUUGGAAUGUGUGCUUUAUUUUCUAAAGAGAUCUUGAACCUUACUUGGUGGCCACUCUUUCGAGAUAUGUCCUUUUACAUCAUUGACUUGAUCUUGCUAAUCAUCUUUUUUCUGGAUAACUUCAUAAUGUGGUGGGAAAGCAUAACACUCCUGACAGCAUAUUUUUUCUAUGUGACAUUUAUGAAGUUCAAUGUCCAAGUAGAAGAAUUGGUGAAGAAAUUUUUAAACAGGAACAAGGUUGAGAAGGUAACAACAGAUGCUGAAGGAAAGUCGCCUAAUGCUGGAGACAAGGAUGACCAAACAUUGACGACCAAGCCACGUCUCCAGCGGGGAGGAAGCUCUGCAUCUCUCCACAACAGUCUGAUGAGGAAUAGCAUCUUCCAGCUUAUGAUUCACACACUUGACCCACUUGCUGAAGAGCUUGGAUCAUAUGGAAACCUAAAAUAUUAUGACACAAUGACUGAAGAAGGAAAGUUCAAGGAAAGGGCCUCAAUUCUGCAUAAGAUUGCCAAAAAAAAGUGCCAGGUGGAAGACAGUGAAAGGCAGAAUGGAGCUGCUAAUCACGAGAAAGGUGCAAAAGUGGAAGUUGCAGUAACACCACCGAGUGAUUCAGGACCAGUGCAGAAUGGAAUCGCCCAUAAUGUUGAAGAGAAUGAAGAGGAUGAGGAGGAACAGCCUCUCAGCCUGGCCUGGCCUGAAACCCCACGCAAGCAGAUCACCUAUCUUUUGGUGUUACCCAUUGUUUUUCCACUGUGGGCUACCCUGCCAGACGUCAGAAAACCUACAUCAAGAAAGUUUUUUCCUAUCACAUUUUUUGGCUCUAUCAGCUGGAUUGCCUUCUUUUCUUACUUAAUGGUCUGGUGGGCACACCAGGUUGGAGAGACCAUUGGUAUUACUGAAGAAAUCAUGGGAUUGACUAUUCUAGCUGCUGGCACAUCCAUUCCUGACCUAAUUACCAGUGUUAUUGUAGCACGCAAAGGUCUGGGGGACAUGGCUGUAUCCAGUUCUGUUGGAAGCAACAUAUUUGACAUCACAGUGGGCCUUCCGCUUCCGUGGCUCCUGUAUGCUGUGGUUAACAGCUUUGCCCCAGUGACAGUCAGCAGUAAUGGUCUGUUCUGUGCGAUUGUCCUCCUCUUCAUCAUGCUGCUCUUUGUCAUCCUCUCCAUUGCUUCCUGCAAGUGGAAGAUGAAUAAAAUCCUGGGUUUCCUCAUGUUUGGGCUUUAUUUUGUGUUCCUGAUUGUCAGUGUCCUUCUGGAGGACAAAGUGAUCCAGUGUCCUGUCUCCAUCUAGUGGAAAGUGCCGUUUCUCGACAGAAAAAAAAAAGAAAAAAGAAAAAAGAAAAACCAAAACAUAUAUAUUUAUUAAAGAAAAGAUACAUACAUCAAAACAAAACAGUGGGGGAAAGAAAACCACAGUGGAAAAUUGCAGCAGGAAUAACCCAUGGAUCUGUAAAUUUCCUCUUCCUCAAUUUUGAAAGAGUGAAAGAAAGAAAAGAAUACAAAGGGACAAUCUCGGAGCUGAAGAAUGGCUGCUGCUGGCCAGUGCAGUAACUGAAGGGCUGAGUCUGGGUGCACUGAGGGUUCCUCUGCUGCAGAACCUCCUCGCUGCUCAGCACUGGACACGCGACGUGCUCACGGCAACAGCGAAAGUUGAAAGUUACUGCUUCUCCUCUGCCUACGGUACCUACCCACAGACUUCUCGUUCUCUGUAGUAGUAUACACAGACACAGUGUGCUCAGUUCUUAAAGCUCUCCUCUUCCAAGGGGAAAGCUAAUAUUAACUUUGUGGAGGCACCACCCCCCACACACCCUGGUACAGGAUUUUUCCAAUAACCUGCUGAAACUCCUGAGUGGCAAGCAUACACCAAGCAAUGAGUCACAAACAGGGAAGGGCUUGUUUGUCUCUUCAUGUAAGUGGAUUUAUGUGAUGUGAUUUCAGCAAAGCCAGGGAAUUCAUCAGUGUUUUGGUCAUCUGCAUCACAGGUCCGUAAAGGCAAUCAGCAGGAUGUUAAUGGUGGUUUUUUUACAUCUUGCAAAACUCUUCAGGUUCCAGAAACUCUGGCACUGAAGGAGCCAUGAUGCCUGACCAUUUUGUAACUGGUGCAGAUUUUCAUUGCAUUCUCAUGCAAAGACCAGAAUGGGGAUAAUCUUUCUUCUCUAAUAGCAGUGCAGCAUGCAGUGACAUCAUACAGCUAUGUGAACACACCAUUUUUUCUAAUGCAGCAAUAUCAACAGUACCAAUGGCUUUCAGAUGCUGUUAUGAGUUUGCCUUUUCAUGCCAGAAUAAAAAGGCUAAUUUGCUUAUGCAUACUAUUUCAUACAGAAAAUAGAAGUAGUUAUAAAAUGGCAGCCUAAUUGCUAAGUGAAUAUAUACUUUAUAGGCUUUCACUAUUACUUGGAGUGUAAGGACCUUCACAGCUACAUAUAGUUAUUGCUGGAAGAGAUCUCCACCUAUUGUAUAAAGCUGGGGAAGUUCACAUUUGCUGUUAUAAAUCUUGAAACUAGGUAGGAGAAACACAAUUUAAAUACAGUGGAGCUGCAGGAAACUUACAUGAAAAUUCUUCAGUAUUGCUGGAAGUGUACAUGUCUAAAGAAAGGAAGGAGUGAAAAUGCAACAUCCUUUUUCUGAGAUACUGGGAGAAUGAGAAGGUCCAAACCUAGAGCAGAAAAAAACAAGAAGGGAGAAAGCAACUAACUUUCUGUAGUUUGGCUGAUUUUUUUUUUUAAUGAGAGGACUGGAAUGAAUAUGAAGAAAUUAUUUCAGAUAAUCGUCAUUUGUUUGUUCAAGUCUUUUGUGCAAUUAAGAGUUCAUGAAGUUUCAGUGCAUUUCUGUGACCUGUUUCAGCAUUGUUUUGUAUGUGUAUUGUGCUCACAAUGGCAAUGCCAUUCUCACAUCUGUGUAACAGAAGUCUCAGCACAUUUUGUCUUGUCUGUUUUUCACUGCUCCACACUGUUAAUUUCUCACUCCUCCCCUUUGUCCUUUGCUAUUUUCCUGUUAUAUGUGUUUGUAUGUAACAGUGUAUGAUUAGAAACUAAGCACUUGACAGAAAACAAUGGUAGAGAAAACAGUACAAAAUUCAUAUUAGGAAUAUUAAUAUUAUGUGAUAUCAUGAAGAAAAAAGUGAGAUGUUAAUGAAAUAAAAGAAGGAUACUAGGAGUU